GGCCUGGAAGAGGGGUAUGGGAGUUUCACGUGCGCAGCUUUUUCAGCGCACAGCACUAUUAUGCAAACGCCUUCGGGUCUCGGUCUUCAAAAAUGGCGCUCCCGGGAGAGGGUGGUGGAACUGCUUUAAAAAACGUCACCCAGAGCUUGCCAUCAGAAAACCAGAAAAACUGGGAAAUUCUCGGGCAAGGAUGUUGAAUCCCACGGUUGUCGAAAGAUACAUGAAUGACCUAGGUCAAAAAAUAUCCGAGCUAAAGCUUGAGCAUAAACCUAAUCAGAUCUGGAACUGUGAUGAGACUGGGAAACAGUUUCAACAUAACUCAAGAAAGGUAAUUGCACAAAAGGGUGCUAAAAAUGUUGUCAGCAGGGUUUCAGAAAACAGGACAAACAUAACCAUCAUGGCUUGUGUUAACGGCGCGGGGGAAAAGAUGGUCCCAAUGAUCAUUGUUAAGGGGAAAACCUCUGCAUCCCUUCAUGGUUUAAAUGUUGUAGAUGCCCCAGAUGGUACCAUCUUCGCUUUCCAAGAGAAUGGGUGGAUAAACGAGGAAAUCGCGGAGAAAUGGUUUCGGGAGGUAUUUCUUCAGCACUGUGGGCCCGAACGCCCCCAACUUCUUCUCUUAGAUGGUCAUUCUUCUCACGAGAGUCUUGGGUUGCUAGAAUUGGCCAUUCACGAAAACAUUGAAAUAUUCUGUCUCCCUCCUCACACAACCCAUGCACUUCAGCCACUUGAUCGUUCUGUCUUUGGUCCCUUCAACAAAGCAUACGACACGGCCUGCUCUGAAUUCUUGUUACAGGCUCCAUAUCAUGCCGUGAACAAGCAAACUUUCCCUAGUCUUUUUAAAAAGGCCUGGGAGUCUGGUGUAAACAAGGAAAACAUAAUGAAUGGUUUCAGAUCAUGUGGCAUUGUGCCGUUUAAUCGAGAUGCGAUCUCCAGCGAGAUGUACGAUCCUUCCUUGGCAACAGAGACUCCCCGUCCUAAACCGUCGGCAUCAUUGUCAACACCCCCAGAUGCCACGGCGACCACUGUGCAACAUGCACAAGAACUACCUACGUUCUUCCCUCCCUCCCACGAUCCAUCAUUUUCUAAAUCAGAGAGCCAAACGUCCGCUGUUGCUGAGUCUUGUCAAGAUUCAUUUAAUGCAAUUCUUCCCUUUGAAUCUGCUGCAUCAUAUAAUGCAAUUCUUCCCCUUGAAUCCGAUGCGUCUACUUCCAUGAGUCUUGACGAUCCUGAUCUAUUGCUAUCCCUCAUUAACACUGGAGAAAUAGAAGUGGUUGCAAGCGCAGGCAGCCCUGAAGCAUGUGGAAUUGCACCGAUAUCAUCCUCAUCUUUGAACCUUUCUAAGGUAAAUGAAACAAGUGUCGAGUCCAUGUGGAACGAAGCCGUGGAAAGUAUUUUUCUUCCACCAACGCCCGCACCCCAAAAGCAUGCAAAGAAGAGCAAAGCAAAAACAUCCCACAGAAUUUUGACAGCAACAGAAGUUAUUGAAGAGAAAAGAGAAUUAUUGGAAUUAAGGAAAAUAUAGAAAGAGAAGGCACGGAAUAAAAAAUCAAAAAAAUAAACAAAGUUCUUAUAAAUUAUUGGAAAUUGAUUAAACAAUAAAUCGGAAAUAAAAUUGUUUGUUUACUUUAAAAAGAUUUUACCCCGCAUGUAACUAAAUAUACUUACCAGAUUUUACGAAAGGAAGGUUAGACAGGGUAUAUAUACUGCAUGGCCAUGUUGACUGGGUUUUAAAAGUUUGUUUUACAUAUAUUGCCACAAGAAUAGGAUGAAUUGAUUUUAU